UUGACCACCCUUCGGCUUUAGCUCUUGGUCUAGACUCUAGACAUGAAUCCAUAGAAAUAUUACCAAUAUCUCUAUGUAUGACACUGAUCAUAUCUGUAUGAGGUGAGAAUGUUGAGUACUAAAAAAAAAUGUACGAGGAGUCUUGAAGCUGCAAGUAUGGAAAUUAAUCACAGAAAAGUCAACAUAAGUAGUGAUGAUUCUACACAAACAACAUCAUGCACAGUUGAAUCAUUUUCUGCUGAACGAAUUCCUGAUAAAAGCAGUGAAAUAAAGCAACGUUUGAAUGAUUUUGAUAUUUCAAAUAAAAGCGGUGAAACAACCAUGACUGUAAGGAAUCUUAAUACCCAAGCAAAUUUCAAAAAACCUUUAUUUGUUAAAAUGCCAGAACAUCCCAUCAAAAUCAAAACUUUUGUGCAAGGCUGCAUACCUUCAGUAUUAUCAGAUUCUGAAAGUACGCCAAAUGAAAAAUUAAACAACUCAUCUUUUAAACGAAAGUCUACAAGUUCAAAGCCUACAGAAAAAUCUGUUGAUGAUAAAACUGUAUAUGUAGAACCUUUGUGGAGUGGUAUACCAAAUGAUAUCUAUAAAAUGGAAGUUUUAAAAUCUGGUGUUAUCUUAGAGACUAUCGAUUUGUCAUUAAAAAAUUAUCAUGUUGUUGGACGUUCACCAUUCUGUGAUAUUUCUAUGGCACAUCCAACAAUAUCUCGAUUUCAUGCAGUUCUACAAUACAGAGCCGUUAGUGAUGAAGAAAACGAUAAAGGAAUGUACAUUUUUGAUUUGAAUAGUACCCAUGGAACUUUUUGGAAUGGGCAUCGGAUCAAUUCAAAAGUCUUUGUGCGACUUCAAGGUGGUCAUAUGAUUCGAUUUGGCUGCAGCCAAAGAAAAUUUAUUUUGCAAGCUCCAUUGUGUGAUCAAGAACCUGAGUCAAAAUUUUCUAUUACAGAACUCAGAAGGAUUAGGAAAGAAAAAUUAAAACAAAAAAAAAUGUUGAAAAAUCAAAAUGUAAGUGAAGCUGAAGAGACAGAAAAGUUACUUAAAGACGAACUUAAUGGAAUUAAUUGGGGAAUGAAAGAAGAUGCUGAUGAAGAAAACGAUAUGACAGAGAAUCCGUAUGCACAAACACAUAAUGAAGAGUUGUUUUUAGAUGAUCCAAAAAAAACUUUACGAGGCUGGUUUGAACGAGAAGGUUACGAUUUGCAAUAUCAAACAGCAGAAAAAGGCAUGAGACGAUUCUUAUGCUGGGUUGAGAUCACUAGCUAG